GAUCCUCCUCCAUUUAUGUAUAAAAACGCAAGUUAGGAAUUUCCUAUGGGUGGUUAGCAAAACUAGGUACAGCGCGCGUCAACAGCAGGAAAACGCUGCACAAUGCCUCUAACUGGUGUUAUUCUUAUGGUUGUGGUUUAAAGAAUCCAUCAAGGCAUUCUUCCUUAACUAUCACAUCUUAUGGGACAACUGGCAGGAAUUCAAAGAAAAUUGAUCUUUACUGUUGUUGACUCCGGAGUUAAUGCAUGCCGAUUGCUGUCGAUACUUUUGGAUUAACACUACCAUGCAGAGUGUACUGGCAGUUGCCUGAUUGUAUUACAUGGUCCAUUUCCAUACUGUAUUGUGCCCUUUCAUGUGUCACGGAGCAUAACAAGGCUUGCCUUAAUUUGAGCGCGAUCCCAAGGAAGACAGCUUAAAGUGUAUAAAAAUACCAAUGCAUUAGCAUCCAGUUGGAUAAAAAUCAUAUUACUUCUGAAUGUUUGCCGAUAAUUUGUUAGCAAAAUAUAAAAGCACAACUGCUCUAAGCUAGGCAUAUUCGUUUUGCAACUGUGGUACAGCUUCGGGCAUUUGGUAAUAACUGCACGGUAAAGGUGACGGUGCAUCGAGCCACUGCAGCUGUAUAACAUUUUAUUUUAUACACCUUUUUUGUGAAAUGGAUUUCUUUCCUGCUCAUUCGAAUAUGCUACCAAAACGUGAUUGCCGUGUUGUUGUUAUCUUGAUGAUAUUGCAAAUUACCGCUUUCCUUCCGGGAUUCGUGUACGGCGCAGCGAUUGGGGAUCCGCGAGCAUUUUACAGGCGUCCACCUCCAGCACUAACUAACACGCAUGCUAACAGACCGAUUGCCCCUGUUGAUUCAGCCGAUGUCGUUCCGGAAAUCAGCCCGCUGUUUCUCAGAGCGCCUACUAACAGCUGGUUUUUCCCUGAUCUGAACAGCGCAUGGAAACCGCGGGAAAGCCGAAUGGAUGCCGAUAUUAUCAACCGGCCUACAGAUAACAUCAGUAAAGAAAAAGGUUUCUUUAAAUUUUGGUAUUAAUCCGAGUCACCUUCACAGUCAGUACAGACCACAACCUCGAACGGCCACCGCUGGCAUGUUUGCGAAACCUGCUCGAACAUUUCGCAGUGAUACGAAUUACAGCGAUGUGGCCCUAAAUUUUCCUCCACCGGAAGUGGAAUAUCCAUAUGACUUUUUUAGAAUGUCAUUCUUUUGACGUUCCAGACAGAGUUUUGGCUUAAUGACUUAUAGAAUGUGUUUAUCGUACUUACAUAAACCGUAUUUCGCAUGCUUUAGGACUGAUUUUGCUCUAAUUUGUAGGCUUAAUUUUGCAUUCAGUUUUCUAGGCAAAGGAAUUUCCAAAAAAAUAAAAAACGUAAAAUUAAGUGCCCUAAUUUACGGCACUAGUAUUAGUCUUAUACGACAUAUUGCAUGGGGUACUUUCCCAGUGCAAUGAUGUGCGUUGCACUGCAAUACAAAUACAUUCAUCAUUCUACAUUCUAUGAUUUCUAUCAUUCGUAUGUUUUGGUUUUGUAUACAAAGACAAAAAAAUUAAAUUGAUUGUAUCAAUGCAGUGCAUGCACAAACUGGCAUAAUAA